AUUACCUUGUGGUUGAUGUUAGAGAUGAUGAUUACGAGCGUCCUUUUUCUAUUUACAACAUGUCUUCAACUUCACCGUAUAAUACAAACCCGGCGUCGAGUUUACAUCUUUUUAUUCACGUUCAGUCUUUUAAGGACAAUAUUAUUUAUUAUACGAAUCAUCUGGUCGAAAAACACUCAAAACAAAAUUGGGUUCUCAUUACCACAAACGUCUCACAGAUAACAACCGAUCAUUCAAGUUCGCAAUUACAUUCAACAAAGUUAACAUUCUAUGAGCGAUACUCCAUAAAUAUAGUAAAGUUUCUUCUCCCGGCAUUUUCAUUACUCGCUGUAAUUGGAUCAAUUAAAGAAUUCGAUUCAAAUACAUUGGUGUCUCUGAACCAUUCAUUGGCUAAAGGCGACAUCUUGAUAAAAAUUUCAACGAUAUGUUUUUUGACCAGCAUGGUUUUUUAUAUGAUUCUUAUCACAUAUUUCGCAUUGAAAUAUAGCAAUAAACCUAUACAAUCACAAUUAAAAGUUUUGGUUUUAUAUAUAGUUGGAGCUUUAUUAUUGAUUGGACUAAUUUACAGAACUUUUAUGAUUUUCGCUCCAUCUACCGAUAAAAUCAAUAAAAUCAAUAAAUACAGUUGGAUCUUUUAUGUGUUCGAGUCUCUUCCGGAGGUUUUGAUUUUGAUAAUCUUGGGUGGCGUUAUUUUGGGUGAAUGGUUUUUUGAGGACGACAAUAUAGACUUGACAAACAUUAAAACCGUGUCGAUUGGUUCAGUCAAGGAUAAUAGGGUGAAUGCAACCUCAAAUGUUUGA